ACUUCCGGUGACGUCGGGUCACGUGACCUGCCAUUAUUCCUCCUCCGAAUCGCUCGUGCCAGAGCAGCUCUGUCGGCCAUGUUGCCGGCAAAACAUGCGUUAAUUACUCUGCCCUCGGGAGCUAUAUAGCGGUUUAGUCAGUUUAGUUUCACGAAGCGCUGCUUAUUUUUUUAGUAACUUAGAGCGCUCAUUAGACAGUGAAGGAAGCUUUUCGUCGGAAUGACGCUGAUCCGCUGUCAACAGUUGGGAAGGCUUGUCCGCCACCCAAGGGUGACCACAGGAAUCUGGAGUUCCCUGUCUGCCUCGUUGACGUCGACACGCACCCUUGGAGCAGACGAUGCCCCCGCCCUCAGAGAGCACCGAGUGAGCGUGCGCACGUGCGGCGCCCUCUACCGCCAGUGGAGGAAGACAAAGCCCGAGUACCGUGACGCACCUGAGGAUGGCGUCGUGGUGGACAUACCCUUUGUCUUCACCAGGUGGGACGACGGCGGGGGCUCCGGUGGGCAGCGUCCGCUGGCCGUGGUUCUUCACGGGGCUCCGGGGGGCUACGGGGACUUCUCUGAGAACCUCGUCCCAAGACUUCGUGCGGCGGGCGUGGACGUGUUGGUCCCCAAUUUUCCCGGCAUGGCGUUCAGUCUCCAGAACAAGUUCUUCUGGCACAGCAUUGAAGAGCGCACUGCCCUGCUCAAGGACUUUCUCAAAGAAAUGAACAUCACGAGGAUCGAUGCCCUGGUGGCUCACAGUGCGGCCAUCUUCCCGAGCCUGCGCAUUACCCUGGAGGAGCCUGGGGCGGCGCCCGCGGUGAAGUCCCUCGCCCUGCUGGCCCCAAACUCCAUCCUGACCCCCAAGACGUUGGAACCCUUGUGGCUGACCAGACGGAUAGUGCGGGCAUACCGCCGUUUUCCCCUUCUCCGGCCGCUGGUCGGGGCCGUCGUCCGCACCGCCCACUCUCUGGGCCUGUCCCCGCUCAAGCCCGUGGUGGAAGACUUCAUGCUCUCCGUCACCACCUACCUAGAGUCCCGGUAUGCUGAGAGCUCCCCCCUGCUGGAGGCGGUGUCCCUCCGGAGGCUGCCCACCCUGGUGGCCAUCAGCAGGGAUGACAGGCUGCUGCCGUAUCCCGUGCUGCUGGCGGUGUGCACCACGCUGGGCGCUGGGGAGGAGGACAUGUGGUGCUUUGGCCCAGACGGACAGCUCCGGCGCCCAGGAAAACCGGACAGCUGGCUGAAAGUCGUUUGUUUCGACAAGGGGUCGCAUUACCCAUUCAUAAAGCAGCCAGACGUUUGUGCGGACGAAAUCCUGCAGCUGCUUCGAAGGAUAGGGUCCUUGUCAUAAUGUUCUUUCUACAAGGCUAAUGACAAACAUCUCCCUCUCCAUUGUCGCACGGAGUGCUGCACCACGGUGUGGGUAGCAACAGACUACGGUACUUCCAAAAGUCCUUGCAAGCGACUCUGCGCAUGUUGCAUUAUGGGACCUAUCAGGCCAUGGAGGGGAACGGCAUUGUUUCGGUUUCGAUUGCCCCGUUCAUGAGCUAGUGCAUCUCAGCGCUGUAUGAAAAUAAACUCGACUCUUCCUUG